GAGAGAGAGAGGCAGAGGGAGAGAGAGAGAGCCAGAGAGAAGUAGAGCGGUGUGCGGCUCGUGCAGAUUUCAGUGACACCACACAGCACGCGGAGGACUGUGCAGAUUGAACAGAGAGCUUUAUUUAAACUCUGUCACCAAACAAAAUAAAGAGAAGAAGGAGAAGAAGGAGCAAAAGAAGGAGAAGGAGAAUAAGUGUCGGGAGAGAGGAGGAGGAGGAGGAAUAUCCAAAAAACGCAACACGUAUCCGGUGGAUCCAGAGAGAGAGAGAAGCGGCUGGAGCAGGAGAAGAAGAAGAAGAAGGAGAAGGAGAAGAAGAAGAAGAGGGGGAGAGAUUUGACACUUUAACUCCUGAAACGACGCGUUUUUCACUGAAACCGUUCAGAGGAAUAAUGAGGAACGUUUGGAUAAUUUUGACCCUCGGCCUCGCCGCCGUCCUCUCCGGGGAAAGGAUAGCAGAAGCAGCCAAGACGUCCUCUCAGGCUGAUGACUUGUACCUGGAUGACACAGGCUCAGGAGGUUAUUACCCUGAAGAUGAUGACGACUUUAACUCAGGGUCUGGCUCAGGAGUGGGUGAAGAAGUGGUGAAGGAAACGGUGACUAUCAGCAUGGUUUAUUUCGAGCCCAAUGCAGCACAGCCCACCCAGGACUCCACCAAAGAUUUCACUCCCAGGGUGGACUCGGCUACCGUCAGAGAAAAGACACGCGACAGCCCACCCAGGAAACCAUUCAGAACAACGGCACCAGUGCCAGUUACAGAGGACAUGCAGAGGAAAGAGAUGACCAGUACGACCAGUGCCCCCAGCUCACCCCAGGAGGCCGUUGAGGUUCACACUGAAAACCUCUUCCAGAGGACAGAGGUGUUGGCAGCUGUUAUCGCAGGCGGCGUGAUCGGCUUCCUGUUCGCCAUCUUCCUCAUCCUCCUGCUGGUCUACCGCAUGAGGAAGAAGGACGAGGGCAGCUACGACCUGGGAGAGAGAAAACCCUCCGGUGCAGCCUAUCAGAAGGCCCCAACCAAGGAGUUUUAUGCAUAAGGUCCCACCCCCACCUCUCAUCACCACAUUGACAAAUCUCAAGUGACUGUGGGGAAAA